AGUGAGAUUGCGAGAGAGUGUCGCGAAGUAAUAAUCACGUGUGAGAUAUUGAGACAUAGUACGGAGUGUGUGUAAAUACUGUUUCGGCCACGGGCCUGCGGAAACGCCCUUGAUAAAUCGACGAUACCGAAAUCGUGCUUACGGACGUCUGCGCCAGUCGUGGGCUUCCGGUGAGGAGUCAAGGGACUGGAAGGUCGCAGAACUACCUCAAGCCAGUUCCCAAAUUUCCUGACCUCGUGCGGCAUCGUCGCCAGAGACUAGUGGGCCAAGUAAUUGCGAGCAAGUAGCGGCGGACUGAGAUUUGAGCCAGUCCCUGACAUUACACGGCGAGCUGGACUUAGGCCUUUCAUUGUGGGGUCAUUGUUUUGUCAUGAGUGCUCAUGUCAGUUUUUUUUGUCGCAUGACUAGAUUAAGUGAUUCCACUUAUUAAUAGAUUAAGUUACCUUGAUUAACAUAUGUUUAGCAAAGUUCUGGAUUAUCCUUAAUUCACUAUAUUGCACAUUGGGCCAUUGGUAGUUGUAAAGGACCCAUUACAUUGGCGCUCAACCGGGUUAACCGAAUUAAAAUAAUUUAAUCUGAAUUUUGCUAAAUAAUCCUUAGUUAUAGAUAUACGCUGUGAAAUUCCAGUUUGUGAUCAGAUUCAUAUUUCCUAUUAUAUACCCACAGUUCACAUUUAUAUAUAAAUUUCUGUAGGUUGUAGUAGGUUUGGGUAGGUACUUGUUGGUCACUCUGAACAAUAUUGUUCCCUAAAUUAAAAUGGAUGUAAAUGCACUACAUAAGGAUGAACUUGAAUUUGAAUUGUCUUGUCGCGGGGUACAUGAUUGUAAAACGGUGGCGACAAUGCGUAAAUUUUUACGGGAAAUUUUGCGGCGCGAAGCAACUGGUGAGUCAACUAUUUCCUUAAAAGUACCUAAAUCUUGCAUUGAUGAUCCAAGUAACGAAAUUGAUAUUUGCGAAUAUAAAUUGUCUGCGUUGGCUCCUUUAAUAUCGGAUAUAUCACACACCGGACCAGUUGUUUAUUAAACGUAUUCACUCCCGCUUAACUCACUUGUUAAACCGCACUAAGCUCAUCAUUCCUACAGAAACGGAAGACAUACAUAAACAUUUAACACUGCUGAAAAAUAUUCAGGAUACCAUUUCAUCCCUGAUAAGUCUAGAACAAGACUACGACGAUGGAGAUGAUGUAAUUUCUGACCAUGACAAAGAAAUUUUACAGAAGUCCUUGGGCGAAGAAGGUGCACAAAUUAUGGAACAGUUGGAGAAAAGCCAAAAUAUGAGUAAGUUCCCCUCUACAAAGGACAAUAUUUCUCAAGGCCCCCAAAAUCCUCAAUCACAUGUUGAUGCCAUCAAAUUUGGUCCGUCAUUGACCAGAUUAGAAAAACCUUCUACAUCCUUACACCACUUACCACUACAAAGGUCUUCCACAUUUGAGGAUAUUCCUCAUAAACAGAAGUUGGUGCCUAUUAAGGACUGGGGUGUAAAAUUCAGUGGCAAGGGUCCUGUAAGCAUUAACGCAUUCUUGGAAAGAAUAACGGAACUCAAAGAAGCACGGAACGCUGGUGACGAAGAUUUAUUUCGGUAUGCUAUAGAUUUUUUUGAAGAAGAUGCAUUAAUAUGGUUCAGAGCAAAUAAAAGUUCGGUGUCAAAUUGGGCUGAACUGGUUAAGCUCUUGUUGGAUUCCUUUCAGCCUCCUUACUAUCAAGAAGAAUUACUGCAAGAAAUUAGACUGAGAACUCAAAGCAACAAAGAGAGUGUCUUAAUAUACAUCGCCGUUAUGCAAAACAUGUUUAACCGUCUACCAGUCCCUAUUUCGGAAAAUGAAAAGUUAAUGAUAUUACGGAAAAAUCUACAGCCUUAUUUCCAGAAAGCAAUCUGCCGAGAUAGCUUUGAUUCUGUGGGUGAACUUACUUCAGUCUUGAGAGUAAUUGAACGUACUAAGUUGAGUUGUAGCAAUUUUAAGGAACCCACCCUUAAUGACCGCUCGCUAGAGCAAGACUUGGCGUAUCAUGGAAGUAUUAACCAGAAAUUAUUGCAGGAAAAUAUGGGUACAGAAUUGGCCGCCAUAGGCAAUAAUGGAAUGAAGCAAUCAACAUCUAAAUGCUGGAAUUGCAGAAGUCUAGGACACAGAUUUAGAGACUGCAAAUUACCAAAACAAAGACUUUUCUGCUACAAAUGUGGACGGUUUGGCAACACUGUAACAAAAUGUCCCUGCACCAAUACCAAAAAGGGAAACGAUCAUUCGGAGUCGAUGCCGGCCGAUCGCACUCCAAGAAUGUAAGGCCUAUAAUUUCGAAUGAAUGGCAACAAUGGCUACGCACUGUCUCGACAUACUUUAAAACAGGGCAGAUCUGCAAUAUUAAUCGAAGAAUUCAAGAUAACAGAUAUUAUGCUGAAAUUAAAAUUUUAAACCAGUUAUUUGUAGGCUUGCUGGAUUCUGGUGCCACCGUAUCAGUGGUAUCACUGGGAUUUGCGAAGAAAAUUUUUGCAUUGGGAUUUUCGCAACACAAAGUUAACAAGGAAAGGAUCUCAAUGGCAGACGGCACUAACUACACAAUUGAUUGUAUGGUUCAUUUACCUGUUCAAUUUGCGGAAUCCUAUAGAGUAAUAGAUUUUUAUAUUAUGGAUGGUUUAACACACGACAUUAUUUUAGGCAUAAAUUUUUUUGAAUCUUUUAAUUUAUCUAUAGGAGCUGGUAUGCUAAUUACUGAGGUUUCACAAAUUAAUACCGUACAUCCAGUCAUCUCCCGUGACGAACUUUCCAUCGACCAAAACAGCGACUUGAUGA